AUGAGUGUUUCCUUGACCCUGAGGUCGGCCUUGGGACCGUGUCGAGCGGCUUCCAUCGCCCGCCCAGGGAAAUCGCUUUUCGCCUUUCAACACUCCGUUAUACAAAGCCGGACCCCUUAUGUGCCAUACCAGCGUAACGCCUACGAAAGACCCUCCGUCUCGCGAUGGCCACAGGUCGCCAGGAGAAGUGCGAGCUCCUCUUCCUCUCCGUCGCCGGUUCCGGUCGUUCCAUACUCCUCUCUGACAGUCGGUGUACCGCGGGAAACGUAUCCAAAUGAGCGUCGCGUCGCCAUUACCCCUCAAAACGUUGCCUUGCUACUCAGAAAGGGCUUCUCACGUGUGUUGAUUGAACGCGGCGCUGGAGAGGCAGCCGAGCUCCUGGAUCAGGCCUACGAACAAGCCGGGGCCACUCUGGUCGAUCGAGCGACAGUAUGGUCACAGAGUAAUAUCAUCUUGAAAGUCCGCGGUCCUCAACCGGGCGAUGAAAUUGAAGCUCUUCAACAAGGCAGCACAAUCAUCUCGUUUCUGUAUCCUGCUCAGAACAAACAGCUGGUGGAUCAACUUGCAUCCCGCCGUGUGACCGCAUUUGCAAUGGACAUGGUUCCUAGGAUUUCCCGUGCUCAGACUUUCGAUGCCCUUAGGUGCGUAGCGUAA